UCUAAACACAUUUUUGAAAUGAUAAUCGGUAAUUGAUAUUUUCAACUAAUAAAACAAUAUGAUCACUGGUUAGAUAAAAUAGUAUUUAAUCUGUGAUAUCACAGUGCAAGACCUGGUAAAUGGGCACAACAGUACCAUUGCAUGUUAUAUAGUUAUAAAUAAUCGAUCAACAUAAUUUUAUAAUGAUCAUAUAAUCACUAAUUAAUAAAUGCGUACCUAACUAAAAAAAUUUCAAUUAAUCAAAAUCUGUAUGUACUGCAGGGUACACACGAUUUUUUUUAUCCUGGCAUAAUUUUGUUGGAGGCAUAGUCUGCCGGGGGGCCCGUGCCCACCCGGCCCCUCCCGUAAACACGCCUAUGGCUGCAGUAAGUAGUAACUAGAGUAUUUUUUACUCUCACUAUAUGGAUUUUUGUUGUUGUUACCUACUUGUUGUUGACUACACCUACGCACUUCGUAUAGUUACGGCGAAUAAAAUAAAACUUUGGAUAGUAUACUAGCAUCCAUUGUUUAGAGCACGUAAAACUGCUUAACUGUAUCGUGGAAUUUUUAUCGGGCAUUUCAUAGUAGGUAGGUACCGCAAAUAAAAUUCCCAACAACCCAUAUACUCAACCAAACUAAUUCAAAAAUAUCACAAAACUCACGAAUUUUUUUUAUUUUAACGAACUAAACACAAGUCACAAAUCUGAAAUCAAUGGCACAUUUUCACGUCAUCCAUUACUAUACAAUACUUUAUUAAUGUUAUAACUUGUGAGUUGUGGGUGAUAGAUUUUCCAAAACAAAUAGUACCUAAAUAGAUACGAAUAUACGAUAUACCAAUUUAGGUAUUUGUAAACGUACAAUGUACUACUUACCUAUAAAAUUCACUAAAAUUAGUACCUUUAAUGAUAUAAAGGAGUCAGAGUAAGGUAAUGUAUACUUUUAAUAACUUGUCAACAACUAUUUUGAAUAUUUUAUACAAUUUUUAUCAACGUAUCAUAAUUUAUAACGCAGUUCAUAAUUUAUUACUUAUUAGUCAUUACUUAUUACUUAUAUUAUAGUCCAGCGUAGAAAAUAUUGCCAUAGCAACACAAUCAGAAGUUAAUACAUACAAACAAUACUUCCCUAGUAUUCAGUUCUGUAAUAUUUUUUGUACAAGUGAACUAAUUUUAAGCUUUUAAUAUUUAUUAUAAAAUUAUACAACACCUUCUGUUCUAUUAAAAAAAAAAAAUAUUUCUUCAUGUCAGCAGUAAAAAUGAAGAUUCCAGAAGACAAUAUUACAACGUAUCUGACAAUGAGAAGUCACUUUAAAAAGAUAUAUGAUGUAAGGCCUAGAGUAAACUGUUGGUCUGAAGCUUGUCCAAGUAAAAGAUUAUUAAAAAAUACUAUCAAUAUUCGUGAUUUUCAAGUUCUACCACAUUAUUGUAAUUCAACAAUUAGUUCUACAGCAAAAAAAUCAAAACAUCAAAAAUAUGAUAAUAAUAAGUUAUCUCGUUCACCAUCAAGUAAAAAGAAGUCCAUAAAUAGAAACUUAAAUUAUGAAUGUGCUUUUAACGAUGAAGAUUUUGGGUUUGGAUCAGUUGAAAAUAGCAAUCGAAGAUAUUAUUCUCCCGGAACCCAUCAACCCCACCUUGCAGAAAACGCACCUAAAACAUUAAGCAGCCAGCAACAUUCGUUACAUUCAGAACAUCCGAAAGAACCAACCAAAAAAAAAGAUAAGUUUUUUCAAAAUACAAUGGAUGAAUCAUACCAACGAUUUCUUGAAGAAAUGACAAACGAAGUAGUAAGACUUGAUUUAUCAACAGAUAAAGCAUUGAAAAAUGUUUUUCGUAAACAUAUAAAACACAAUAUUGGAAAGCUUGAUGAGGUAAGUUGUGGUGUUUGUACAAUUGAUAAAGAAAAAGCCAAAGAGACAUUUUAUAAAUAUGAUUAA